AUAAUAAAAUAUAGAAUUUACCAGCAGUAAUUCCUUGCAUCAAAUUUAAAACCUGUUUUUACAAUCAUAUAGAUAUUUAAAUGUCUUUACGUAAAUCUUACUGAGAGUCACCUGUGACUUUAUUCAUCAGUCUUAUAAUUCUCUACAUGUCUGUGUGAAAUGUUUGACUUUGCACUGCUCCUCUUUUAACAGAGACUUCAGAGGACAAUGAUGCAGACGAGGAAAAGGGCAGAUCAAAGCCUGGUUUUGUGCCCGGCUUGGCGCCUCUUAAGAUCCCAGAGGGAGAGAAAGUGGACUUUGAUGACAUUCAUCGAAAAAGAAUGGAGAAGGACCUGACUGAGCUCCACACUCUGAUCGACUCUCACUUUGACAAGCGUAAGAAGGAGGAGGAGGAGCUUCUCAGCCUCACAGAUCGCAUUGAGACACGCAGGUCAGAGAGAGCAGAGCAGACGAAGAUCAGGGCGGAGAGAGAAAAAGAACGACAGAACAGAUUGAAUGAAGAGAAAGCGAGAAAAGAAGAGGGCGAGGCGAAAAAGAAAGCUGCCGACGAUGCAAGGAAGAAGAUGAUUCUGUCCAACUUUAGUUACACCGGAUGCAACCAGUCCAAGCCGGGCGGGAAAAAACAAACGGAGCGGGAAAAGAAGAAGAAGAUCCUCAACGAUCGACGCCAAGAGUUAAAUGUCGAUCACAUGAAAGAGGACCGACUCAGGGAAAAAGCCAAAGAGUUGUGGGAGCGGGUUCGCCAGCUGGAGGCCGAGAAGUUUGAUCAUCAGGAUAAACAAGCGAGGCAAAAGUACGAGAUCACCGUGCUGAGAAACCGGGUCAGUGAUCACCAGAAAGUAUCAAAGGGCAGCAGAAGCAAGCGCGGCCUGAGGAAGUAAGGCGUGACGUCAACCUGAAGGAAAACUGCCAUCGCCUGACAAUAACUGCACAUACAUUUUUACGGACAGAAUUACAAACGCUCUUAAAUAAGCCAUCCGUGAAACAAAGUGCAUGCCACGUUCAUCUGCAGGAAUGUAGCAGUCGAGCAGUAGCCAACGGAGGCGUUACAGCUUGUGUUUAUUAAACAGGGAUUUGACAGAUGACGCGUAACCCAUUAAAAUAACUUUACUAUAGGACACCACUGGAAUAGGAUUUUCAAUGUAUGUAACCGCAGUUCCAUGUCCUACCACAUAGAGUAAUUAAUUAGUUAUUGUGUGUAUUUGUGGUUGCAAUGAAUUAAAAGAAAAUCUUUGUUUAACAAAC